AUGUUAAGACAAUGUAUUCAGCCUGAGGCCGAAACAGUUCAAAUGACCAGCGACUUCUUGGUGGCCGUGUCCAGCUUCUAUGAAAUCCACCUAGAUUUGAUAAUCAGAGAUUUAUCAAGCAAGAAUCAGAAUCAAAUGAUUAAGUUCUCCGUCGAACGGGUGGUCUCCUCAGUGCAAGUACCCAAGAGCGAUCCAUCUAUUCCUAGUGAAAUCAUUUCAUCUCAACGAUGUGAUUACUUCAAGAACACGAUGAUAUUCUUCCCUAGAUCAUCUCUUGGAAUCAAUAUCAAAUCUGUUAACAAAAAGGUCUAUGUGGAGAGUACAGACAAUGGCUUCAACAGUAUCGCUCGGCGUGCAUUCUUCAUUGGUGACGCCUUGUUAGCAGCCCGUGUUCUCAUAGAGCGGCCAGUUGAACCUGCAGCUGUCACGUUCGUUAGGGCCGUACUACUGGUCAACAAGAAGAACGUCAUGGAUCCGAAAAUGCCCGAUGACGUUAUUUUGAUCUGCAAGUGA